ACAAAGAAGCACAAUACGGAUUAUUGUGUCGUUGUGAAUGAUUAGUCAAGCGUCAGUGUCACAGAGUAUGACGACAAGCUGGCUUUCACAAACGCCCCACUACUUCCUCGUUGACAACCUGAAUGCAUUCCACACAGAUAAGGUUUCAGUUGAAUACUUUGAUGACUAUUACCAGCAUAGAGUUUGUGGAGACAGGUGAUGCUGUGUACAGCACAAAAGUCAUCUAUCAGUCGACAUUUAACAACUGAGGUCGCGGUAAGCUGUUGGAUAUGGAAUCGUACUGUGCGCUGUCCUCUUAAACAAGUGACAAGUUCGGAAUAUGUACAUGCUCACACAACAGCGAUUAGAUACCUGGUAGAAUGACAGGUUGGCUUAUUCUGAAGUGAAGUGUCAACGUCAUGACGAAAUCUGUGAGCGUUUGGAUAUAUAUCACAUGUCUUUGCUGCCUUCUUCAGCCAGUUUGUACAGGCAUAAUAUACACUAGUAAGGUAUGUUAUGGAUCCGGUCGCCACUGUAUUCAGCAUGGCAUCAACUGCAGUGACACCCAGAAGAUCGCCAUCGUUGACGCCUACUACACAAACAACACUGAAUGUGGACAGACAGGUCUUGCUAACUGCCACACUGUGAAUCCGGACAGUGUGACGGAACGUGGUUAUCACAGGUUUAGCAUCAAUGAGGUGUUCUCGCUUUACAAGAACUGUUCCAGAAAGCCUCAAUGUCGGUACCGUGCUCCCCGGCGUGUUGAUGCUUAUACCUUCUCUGUUGUCAAAUACCGGUGUAUUGAAAACGACGCGUCUUUGAACAUCAGUGGGAGUUCUGCAGAGGGAUUAUCUCAAGUCUCACUAUUCAAUACAGUUGGAGCGAUGGCUAAUUCUACAAUACAAAACAACACCUACGUGUGCAGCUUCAAAUCUGAUGACCCAACCACAAUUGUAUCAGUGUAUUCUCUUGACGUGAGAAUCAGACGACGAACUCCAGGGCAGUGCUUAUCACAGUUCACUGUCCUACCUGCAAACUACAUAACAGUGAAUAAUUGUUCAACUGUGUUCCAUCCGUUUGAGAGACUCAACGUUACAGCGAAGCUCCCGAUAUCUAUCUACUUAGCUAUCCCAAGUGUGUCUUCAACGUUAAUUUGGCUCCUGAUCAAUGCAUCCGACCCUUUUGAUGUAAGAUGUCAACCAGUGACCAGCACAGGAGGAUUCACUACUGAAUCAACUAAUGACAGGUCUCCUGCAGCCACGCCUCAACAAAUCUCAGGGGAGAUCACAACUUUGCCAAAUAAGGAUGUGCUCCCCAUAUCACGACUCCCACCUGGUGUGUUUAUGGGAGGGGUGGCUGCGGGAGCUGUUAUUGUCAUCCUGGUCGGUCUUGCAGUGUACGUCCUCGUUAUCAGACGUUGGUACGAUCUAACAGCAAAGAAACAAGGAGACACGCCAGCUUCUGUUGAACACCCCACUUACUCCGGCCUGGCUGCAAACGCUGAUGUCAACAACUAUGCCAUUAUCGAGCAGACCUCAAGAUCUCAAGAGGAUACUACACAUGGGUCAACGGCUACCACAGAUUACCAAAACAUUUGAUUUACCUCUUUCAUCCAUUUUAUCAGUCACGAAUUUGUAAAUGUAAAAAGAACAUGAUCGAAAAUCGUGAUUAUUAUCUUAUAGCCAUCCCAGUGAUGUAGUUGGAUAACGGAUCCAAAACUGGUGAGUGGUGCGGCUUCAGACUGUGACUCUGAUGAAGAUGACAACGGCGAUGGCGAUGGCGACGGCGACGAUAACGAUGACGAUAAACUUGCUCCUGAUGCAUACUUUCCUGAAUGUGUUGACUCUGACAGUGGCCAGAUCUCAUACAAUUUAGUGUCUACCGACGAUUACAUAUUCCCUGUUAGUUGAAUUGAUCUUCAGCAACCCAUGCUUGUCGUAAUGGGCCACUAUCGGGAUCGGAUGGUCACGCUCGCUGACAUGGUUGACAAUUCCGUUGGUCAAUAUUCAUGAAGUUAAUCACUGGAUUGUCUGAUCUACACUCGACCUUUAACAUACCGCGCUGUUAUAUACCUGUCGUUUUGCUAAACAACAAACAGCACGAAUCUUUCAGCACUUUAUUUUCCAUAUUUUAUCUUUGAGGUCCAUACCUGCUUUUCUGUUACUUCGAUAGAACUAUUCUUAGGCGUGCAUAGGAAUAACAGAUACAUGUGUACAUUUUACUGUGUAAAUUACUCAGAUCGAUAUUGUCGCUUUGAUAUGAAAACUGCAAUAUGUAAUAUCAAGCCAAAUGUUAUCCCUACAGUUGUAUCUAUGUGGCCCUUCUGUAAAUUUGCAUGUCUUUCCUUUGACGAGCAGAGACUGUAUUCCCACUUAACAACUAUUACUCCUAUAAUAUCGUAUGUCCAUGCAGUGUUUCAUGUAUGGUGUCAUUCUGUUUACUCCGUUAAUUCAAAUGAUAUUAAUUUCAUUUAUGUUGUUAAUUAAAAUCAAAUACCACUUGA